UUCUUAUUACUUAUUUCAGAUUCAGCAUCUUCGAUCGUUGAUUGUUUCUGUUGAUGGCGGAGACAUGCCCCGGGAUGGCUAUCGUUCGUAUUUACCGACUCUCAGAACAUGUCUUAAUGUCUUAGAGUCUCGACACGGACCUUCAGAUAGGCCUCAAUCUGAGAUGCCUUAUACUCAGACUCACGCUCAGACUCAGACUCAGAUACCACUGUCUCAAAUGCCUCAGUCACAGACUCAGAUGUACGCUGGCGAGGCAGGAACUUCUUCUCGUGCAUAUUAUCCGGCAUUCGAUAAUUAUACAGAUCCUAGAUCACACGGGCAUCCAUCUGAUCCGUACACCCCAUACCCCUACUUUAAUCCGAAUAUGAAUUCGGAGGACCCAAUUCAUUUGGGGUCUACGCAUCAGUUUUCGUCUUCGCGACCGGUAGAUCAUCAGAUCACACAUAUUCCUUAUUCUCAAUCCGCAAAUUCUUCGAGUGAUGAGGAUGAACAAGUUGGUAGAGGGCACAGGACUAGAAGGCCCCCGAGAUGUGGCACCGGAGGUCACCGUCAUUGGUGAUAUUAUUAUUGUAGUUUAUGUUGGUUAUUUAUUAAAACUUUUUCGUAUUUUAGUUAUUCAAUAAAAAACAAAUU